AUGUCUAAGAAAAAGACGUUUACCAAAAACAUGUGGAAAGAACCCGUUUGGGUGGGAGAAGGUGGAGACCCGAUGGAUGAAUCAUCCUGUACGAACAAUUGUGGGUCUUUCUUGGUUCGGGGGGGGGAAACCAAAAACAUCAUCAUCAUCAUCAUACUUUACGAACCAAAUGGGUCCUCAUUUAGAAAGAAAAGACCCGUAUCAUACUUUACGAGCAAAAUAAAAAAAAGGUGGGUUCCUUUUCACUUUCUACGGGACCCAUCCGGGAAAUGGGUCGUCACUUCAAACGGAGAAAAGUGGGUCUCAUGUCCUAUACCCACCCACUCACACAUGACUACAACUCCUCUAUCCUUCCUUCCCAAUUCUCUUAACACAUUCCUAGCUCUCCUCUCCUCCCCAAAAGCUUUCGUUUCUUGUUGUUCGCUUUCUCGUUAUCACUUUGUUCCAUUGUGUCACAUCAAGCCUAUAACACACUCUCACUUUUUGCAAAAGCAAAGGCACACGCACACCCCGUUUACAUUUUGCAAUAGCACAAACCCGGCAUUUUACACCCCAUUACUCUUUUCCAUCAUGGGGCACGUGACCUGUCUCUCUUCUUCUUUUUUUAGUGGAGUAUCACGUGCAUUCCGCUUAUUUUCCCCUUUUUUUUGCUACCGGUUCUCAUCACGUGAAACGGGCGCGCCCCUUUUGGCUUACCUAAUUCAUGGAACCUCAUGGAACAUUGUUCGUCACAUGUCCUUUUUCCUUUUUCCCUCAAAACAAGUUCCAAGAACUAUAAAAGGGACAAGAGAUCAACUCCAAGAUCCCAUUAACUCAAAACCACUUCUAUCUUCUACCGUUUAUAGUUCAUCUUAA